GGUCUGAAGCGCUGGGCGGCGUAGGACGCUCUGAGCCCACAGCGCAGAGAGAGGAGAGAGGCUGGCGCUCCGGCGCGAAUCUGAGCGCCCUGGGCUGUCCGAUUUGAGCUUCUCGCAGCGCUGAUUGCGUGGCUUGACCGCUGAUUAGCGCAGCGCGGCGCCAGAGCCUGCUGAAGCCAAGCAGAGCGCUGAUGCUCUCGCACACAAAAUCGCUACCCCGUGCCGCAGCGAUGAUAAUGAGGGUGUGUCUGCUUAUAAUUCAUGCAAACAGCUUGCGAGAAAGCCCUGCACCGCAUCCACGCGCCCCGCGCCGCGCCGUCCUCGGCGGCAUCCUCACUGCACCGCAAUGGGCAAGAGCACAGUCGCCCUACGACGCAGCGUUCGCCGCGUCGACGAAGCUCGAUGCCGACGCAUUCUACGCGGCGCACCCCUACCGGUCCGCGGGCGACGUACUAGCUUACAUCGAAAAGUGCGCCGCGCCCGGCGACGCCAGCGCCGUCUUGCAAGCCUUCGAGUACUUCGGUAAGAAGUACCCGAUGUACUCGAUCGGCGCGACGAAGGGCAAGAUCCUGGACAGUGCCGUCGCGACGGCCAGGCCGCGGCGCAUCGUGGAAGUGGGGAGUUUUCUCGGGUAUUCGGCGGUGCGCAUGGCGGCGAAAUUACCGGGAGACGGUAUGUUAGCUUGCGUCGAGGGGAAUCCGGAAUUCGCGCGGACGGCCGAGGGCGUCGUGGCGCGCGCCGGGUUGUCGGACCGCGUGCGGUUCUUCGUCGGGCUGGCGGCGGACGAGAUCCCGGGCGUGGCCAAGACUCUCGGACGGGCGGACCUCGUCUUCCUCGACCACUGCAAGGAGUGCUACGCGCCGGAUCUGGAGCGCAUGGAGGCGGCGGGCCUCGUGGCGAAGGGCACGGUGGUCGUCGCCGACAACGUCGUCUUCCCGGGCGCGCCGGGCUACCUCGACAAGGUCGCAGCGCCGGCCUACGCCACAGUCCUAAAAUCGGCGCCCUACGAGGCCGUCGGCUGGGAGACGCGGUGGAAGGAGGUCGACGACGCGAUGAGUAUUUCUACUAGGCUGUAACUUUGUGUGUCGAUUA